AUGAGCAACAUUUAUGUUAGUGAACCCGCAACUAAUGGCAAAGUGAUUCUCAAGACUACCGUUGGAGAAAUUGAAAUUGAAUUAUGGUCCAAAGAGACACCAAAAGCAUGUCGAAAUUUCGUACAACUUUGCAUGGAAGGAUACUAUGAUGAUACCGCUUUCCAUCGGCUUGUUCGUGGUUUUAUCGUCCAAGGAGGUGAUCCAACAGGUACUGGGGAAGGUGGUGAAAGCAUUUACGGCGAACCAUUCAAGCUACACGGUCGACCAUCAUCAGUGCCUGGUGCCCGUGACAACCCGAAUGGGCAAUCCAAAUAUUCACCGUAUAAGUUGAUUGAGCCAUUCGGAGAAGGCUUAAAUGAUCAUUUUCAUGUGUAUCAUGCUAUUUCACCAAUUAUUCCGGCUUGGACAACCGGUUUCAGUGCUGCUUUGCGUCAGGAGGCAGAACAGCUGCGUCGCGAAAUUAUCAAAUCCAAACGGUUGGAAGCUCACCGUCUUGAACAGAAAAAGGCCGAGGCGGAUCGCCUGGCUCGUGAAGCGCAGGAGAAACAAGAUGCGGAGGACGCGGCUCUUGCACGACUAGAGUCACUUGAGAGCAACGAUGGGACCACAGAUAAGGGGUCGAACAAGCCCCUCGUAUCCGAUCCAGACACGUUCUCUGCAGACUUGGCCAUGUACCGAGCCAAAACAAAAAAAGUGAAAAAG